UUUCACAACGUAAAAGUAUAAUUUAUCGCACCGGCAUCAUGGCCGAGUUUUGAAAAAACAUUUUAUGUAAAACACAAAAAUGAGUAAAAUAAAGCGAAAGGUGACAGUUGAUCCUGUAAGUGGAUCGUCUGAUGAUAGGAAAAAACCCAGCGUGUUUGAAAGACUCGGUCCUGGAGCUGUCCGACGACAAGUUGGAAGUUACGACGAUUCUGAUUCUGAUCGUGAUGAAUAUGUGCAGAGAUGUCGUAAUUGGGUCAGCACUGGCUCCUGUCCAUAUGGAAAUAAAUGCAAGUUUCUUCAUGGACCAUACACUUCAUCAUCGAAGCAUAAAGGGAGGCGUGAAGAUGAGGGGCAGGAAGAUUUGCGACUUAGAGUGAAACAAAAGAAACACAAAGGUGGUGAUAAAAGCGAUUCCGAUGAUUCUGUUGAACGUAGCAGAAGCAGGUCAAAGAAAGACAAAAUCGCGGCUUUGAAAUCAGCUAUCAUUAAAAAGAAAGGAAUGGUCGGAAGUGAUUCGGAGUCGCCUAGUCAGUGGUCUGGAGACGACCUUGACUUUAAAAAAGAACUAGAGCUAGAAAAGAGACGUCAACAGUUACAGCGAGAACUGAGCCGUCUAGAGGACGAGGAAGAUCCAGCCAGGGAAAACUUUAUCAUAGAGAAAAAAUUGAUGAGACAACAACUUAUGCAACGAGUCAGCAGUUCCGAGUCUGACAGCUCUGAUGAUAGGAGUCGUAGUCGAAGCAGAAAGGCAGGAAAGAAAAAGAAGAAAAGAAACAAACAUUCCAGGUCACCAGCCAAGGGAAAGGGAGGACGGAGUCCGAGCCCUGGAUACGAGAGUGAUGAGCCCCAUAAGAAACACAAGAAGAAAUCAAAGAACAAGAAGCAUAGAGACUCUAUGUCCGACGGUGACCGGAGCCCUGAACCGGAACAAAAGACUCGUAAACUUCUCAGUCCUUUAAAAUUCAAGAAAUCAACAAAAGCCGUUAUUUCAAAGACUAUCACAGCUUUUCAUUCAGAAGAUGAUGAUGACGCUCCCCCGCCUCCAAAAAUGAACUUGCCCAUGCCGUCGAGGUCGCCAAUACCCGUAAUUCCAAAUUUACCCUCGCUACAAAGGUCGAGGUCUAGCUCAAGCGAGGAUGAUCACCGAGUUGAAAAACGUAAAGAGAAGAGAUCAGUCACACCUGUGAAGAAAAAGAAAGAAAGGAAGGUUUCUCCAGAGUACGUGAAAGAGCCGAAACCGGAAAAGGUCAAGAGUUCAAAAAGGAGGACAAAGUCGCGUUCGGUUAGUAUGGAUAGGUCGUUGUCAUUCUCGCCAGAUGGUAAGAAGUGUAAAAAACUGGAGAAAAAGAAGAAACAGAAGAAAGAAGAAGCAAUGGAAAGGUCAAAAGAUAGUUCAUUUGAAAGGACAAGAGGUCGUGACCCUCGCGACAGAGAUCUGACUCCAACGUCUGAUUACAGAGAUUUCUCGCCUAAUCAAGAAGUGGUGAAGAAGAAGAAAGAUAAAAAGAAGGAGAAAAAGAAGAAGGAACGAGAUUUGUCACCAGAGCGUGAGGAUGAAAGAAAACAUAAGAAAGAAAAGAUAAAAGAACGGGAACGAUCCGAAUCUCCCCCACCAACAAGGAAACAGGAGAAACGAAGUUUAGAAAGAGUGUCACGGAGGGAACUAGUUGAUACAAGAACAAGAUCUCCGUCCAGUAGUAAAGGAUCGAGGGACACAUAUCAAGAACGUCGUGCAAGGUCACCAGAGCCUCCUGCCAGAGGAGAACGUGAACGGGACUUGAGAGAACCACGUGAGCGUGAAGGAAGAGAUCCAAGGGAGAUAAGAGACCCAAGAGAACGUGAUACGAGGGAAACACGUGAGGGUCGGAUAGAGUCGAGAGAUAGAGAAGGACGAACUUUGAGGGAAGCUAGACCAGAACCUAGAGAUGCCCGUGAUCCUAGGGAACUGAGGGACCCUCCAUUAGAACGGGAACUGAGGGAACGUGAAUUGAGGGAAAGGGAGGGUAGAGAUACUAGAGAUCCUAGAGACUUGAGGGAAAGAGAUCCUAGAGACUUGAGGGACCCUAGAGAUUUAAGAGAUCCUAGGGACCGCAGAGAUCCCAUUGAUGACCCUCGAGAGUUGCGAGACCGGAGGGAUCCUAGAGAAAGAGAUGUGAGGGAACUGAGGGAUCGACCAGGAUCAGGGAGGGAGUUCGAGAGGGAUCUACCUGUCAGGGAUCCUAGAGAUCCCAGUGGGGACAGGAGAGACAGAUAUCCAGAUGAUAGAUAUAGAGAUGAUGUCAGAAGGGACAGUAGAUAUGAUGACCCACGCUACCCACCACCGCCUCCAGGAAGUUUUGAAGAUAGAGGGCGCUACGGUCGUGGGGACAGGGAAGGGUUUCCUGAUGCGGGAGAUAGGGGGCCAUAUGGUCGACCUGACAGGGAGCGUGAUCCUGCAGACAGACGAGAUCUGGGCGAUCGCAGGGAUCCAUUGGAUAUGCCGUUUGACAGAUACGGGCCAUCACGAGGAGAUCCAAGAUAUGGUGAUGGUGGUGCUAUGCGUGGAAGAGGCCCCUAUGAUUACAGGGAUCAAGGUCCCGGCUGGGAUAGAGGUAGAGGUCGUGGAAGAGGUAACUGGGGCAGAGGAGGCCCUGAAAGAGGUGGGCGAUUCGAUGACAGAGGUAGGCGUGGUGAUUGGGAUGGUCAGAGACGUCCAGAUGAUUUCUACGGCUCUGAUCGGCGAGAUUGGCAAGACCGUCGAGACGAGGGUAGACGUGGUGACGACCGUCGUGACGGACAGAGGGAUGAUGUACGAGAGAAACGAGACGAGAAGGUGGACUCGGAGAAGGAGAAGGAUGUAAACAGAGACAAGGAAGUUGGGAGAGACAUAGAGAAAGAUAGGAAGGCUCCGAGGGAGGAUAAACGAGAUGACAAAGAUAGAGAAAAAGAUAAGAGGGAAGAAAAAAUAGACAAAGAAGAUAUAAAGCGUCGAGACCAGGAUCUCUCGGAUGUGGAGAAAACAGAGAAGAAAGAAAGAAAAAGGGACGAAGAAAGAUCUAGGGACAGGAAAGAUGAGGACAGGAAGGAUAGAACGAAGGACAAAGACAGGUCAGACACGAAGAGUAAAGAUUCCAGUGGGGAUAGAAAGAAGGAUGAAGAUAGAAGGAGAGAUGAUGAACCAAUAGAAAGAGAGAGAUCAAGGAAAAGAAGAGCUUCAAAUGAAGGAUCAAGGUCGCCAUCAAUUAAAAAGGCAAGGGAUGGUUCCCCAGCUUUAUCCACACACAGCAAGAAGUCUAGUAGAGAAAUACCUAAAGAAAGGGAACCAGAUAUUGACAACCAUAGUGAAAAGGGAAGUGUUGCAGGCAGUGAGAGGUCAAGGAAAGCUGACAGUGAAAGGUCAAGGCCUCGUAAAAGUAGGAGAGAUGUGGAGAAAAGGUCACGAAAGGGCAGUGACACAGAGAGCAUAGAUAAGAAAAGGUCAAGGUCACGGUCGAAGGAUGGUUCAGAUAGUGGAGACAGCAAGCGUAGAAAGCUAGACUCGUAUCAAGAAGGUGGUGUAGGACAGCUGGCUGGAUAUGUUAUCAAGGACACUGUAGGCUCUGAUAGGGAAGAUAAUAACCUGGAGAAUAUAGAGCAGAAUUUCAGUGACUGGUCGGACAACGACUCCGAUGAUGAUAUCUUAAACAGACCUGGUGAGGCGUCGCCAAAGAGAGAGAGACAGAGUUCUGGACAAGAUGGAGGUCAGAGUCCACAUGGCAGCGUUACUAGUAAACAUAGCCACCAUAGUAAAGAAGGUGUGGAGAAAGAAAAAGACAGAAAGACCUCUGAAGAUAAAGGUCCGGAUGAAUUGGAGACUAUAUCAUCUGAUGAAGGCAGUCUUGUCGAACCUGUUAAACUUGCAGCCGUAGAUGCUCUUGAAAUAGACUGGGCAAGCAUGGUGAAAGAUGAGCGUCCGAAAUUGAAUACAGGGUCUGCGUUACAGAGGUUCAAACCUGGAGCUCUCUUUGCUAAGAUGGGUAUCUCACGGCAGUUUGCCGGUGAAGAUCUUUACAAGGAAGUUUUAAAAGUUUCCAGAGACUAA